AUGGGAUAUGAAUUUUUAAAUGAUAUAAGCUGUGCCGAGCUGAAUUCACAAAAUAAAGAAAUACUAUAUAGUUAUGAUUGGAUAAUUAAAAAUUUUCAAGACUUUUACCAAGUAUCACCUAGUUUUAUUAAGAGUGACCGGUUUUAUUCUCCUGUGCCGAGCCAUUUGCAACAUAAACAAGGCAAUUAUUUUGAAUGGCGACUUUAUAUAAAUCUAGUUGAUGGCUAUAUUCGGAGUCACCUCUCUAUAGGUUUGACCGCCAUACAAACAGAUUUUGAAAACAAAAAUAUCAUUGAUUUGAAAGAACGGAGUGCAGAUCAUUACUUUGAGCUAUUUGUAAAGUAUAAUAGAGCUGAGAAAUAUACACCUGUAGGUAAAAGUCAAAGGCUCAAUUCUUUUUCAACUAAUAAACAUGGCGUAUCAUCAGAAGUUUCCAAAUUUAAUGAAACCGCAAAAAUAUUUCCAGGCGAUCACAAGACGAUCAAAGCGGAUUUGAUGGUUCGAGUUAAUUUUUAUAAAAUUGAAAAUAAUUUGGCAUUUAUUAGUCCAUCCAAUUUUAUACCAUAUGAACAAUAUUUUGACGAUGAUGUGUUCAGUGACAUCAUAUUUACGUUUAGUGGCAAUUCUACGAUCAAAGCAUCUAGUAUGUACCUUGCUACAAAAUCUUCACACUUUAAAAGAUUAUUAAAGGAUACAAGGAAGGACACCAGUAAGAUAGUUAUUAAAAUGGACGGAGUUGCUUAUGAUAGUUUUUAUAGAUUAUUGUAUUACAUUUAUACUGGAAAACUUGAUGAAAAUUUAAGUUUUGAGGAAUUAUUGGAUUUAUAUAAUGAAACUAGUUCAAGAGAAAUUCAUGAUUUGAAACAAUUACUUAGUUGUAGAAUUAUCGAUUUUGUAGAUGAUAAUAAUCUGGAUAUCUUGUUUACGUUGGCAUUAAGAACAAAAAAUAAUGUGUUAAAGAAUGCCGUUUUGAAAUUUUCUGCUAUUGGUUACACGGAGAUUGAAUCUUAA